GGCCGGGUGUUGUGGUUGCGGUGGCGGCCCCGCCCGGGCGGGCUCUUAUCGCUCAGGUUGCCGGGCCCGCCCGCGUCGCUCUCCCCCGUCCUGCCGCCCCCGGGCUCAGCGGCGCGGGUGCUGUCCGCGCGGGCCAUGCCGCUGGUGCGCUACCGGAAGGUGGUGAUCCUGGGGUACCGCUCCGUGGGUAAAACUUCCCUGGCUCAUCAGUUCGUUGACGGGGAAUUCCUGGAGUGCUACGACCCUACAGUGGAAAGCACCUACAACAAAAUGCUGAUGGUGGGAAAGGAUGAAUUUCACCUCCAGCUAGUGGAUACUGCAGGGCAGGACGAGUACACCAUCCUGCCCCCCUCCUUCAGCAUCGGGAUCCACGGAUACCUGCUGGUCUAUUCGGUCACCUCGCUCAGAAGCUUCCAGGUGGUUAAGACCCUUCACAACAGGCUGUACGAAAGCAGAGGGAAAACCCGGAUGCCGGUGGUGCUGGUCGGGAACAAGGCCGAUCUCUCCUUGGAGAGCUCCCAUUCAACCCCCUGUCGUGUCUCUAGCCGGGAGGUGAAGACCGACGAGGGUAAGAAGCUGGCGGAUACCUGGGGGGCCGUGUUCCUGGAGUCGUCGGCCAAAGAGAACCAGAUGACCCGGGGAAUCUUCACCAAGAUUAUAGAGGAGAUCGACCGGGUGGACAACUCCUACGGCACCGAGCGCAGCUGCCUCCUGAUGUGAGCGCUGUUGCCUCGAGAGGCGGGGUGGGGAGGGUGGCCACCUCCCCGCCUCUACCUAGAAGUUUCCUUGCAGCCCCGGGACUGGUGGAAUCGGGGGCUAGACACCACCAGAGGCACCUGGCCUGGCAUUGUUACGGGUAACCCACAACCACACUGUACCUCACUGCCUGGCCCCUCCGGGGCUCCCCGGGGGGCAGGGCCUGCGUUUGCACAUUCCCAGGCUGGAAGCAAUCUGUGUGUAUCGGGCACUCUGCGUUUAUAGAAGGGGCUCUUCUUACCGAAUGUAUUUAUGUUUUGUGGGGUGGGGUGGGGGGCUUUGGAUAUUUAUAGCCGAUGUCUAAGCCUGCACCCAUAUGUUUACGGCAGUCUCUGUCCCGGUCCCCAGCAUGGGCUCAGUUCCCCUUGGCUGGGCCUCUGGGGCAGACUGGGACUCCCUUUUUUUUCUACCGCUGCUGGAACUGGAAUCAGUUUUCCAGCCCUUCCAAGACCUGGUCUGGUCUCGGUUCAGAUGCCACUGGCCACAGCCGAAUUCUGAUCUGGCCAGGGUUCCACCCACCCUCCUGCCUCGCCAUCUGUUGCCUUAGUUCUCCUUAAAACCAAGAAACUGUUGUGAAUUUCAAGUCGCAAAGGGGAUGUUAAUGUGGAUUCUUUUCUGGGGGGGGGGGAGUUUCUUCCCCAAGCCCUGUUGGAAGGGCAGCACUCGUGGG